AUGACUCUGCUGCUCGUGGUCGUGACAAUACUAGUAAUCGACGGCAUGACUCUGCUUGUGGUGGUGAUAGUACUGGUGGUUGACCGCACGACUCUGCCUGUGGCCGUGACAGUACUGGUAGCCGGCCUCAAGACUCCAGUCCUAAUUAGCAACAGUGACAGGGAUCAAAAGGAAUUGAAGUGUAUCCCUACAUUUCUGGAACUUGUUCUUAUUACCCACCUUACUGCAGAGGCCAAGAAAAAAUUCAAGGCUAAAGAUUAUAAUAUAAUUCAAAAGUUGGAGUUUUGUACACCUACUGCCGGAGCAAUAUGUGUCCUGGAAUUGGAACAAGCUCAUGCCGAAUUGGCCCGACAAAAUGGUGAAAUGGCCGAAAGACUAGCACAAAUGGAAAAACAAAUGGCGGAAAUGCUCGAGUUCAUGAGACGAUAUGACGUUAGAUGUUGUGAACGUUUCUGCCGUGUUUCUCUGAAAUUCCUAGAAUUUCUGUCACGAAAAAGUGUCACGAAAAGCUAUCAACAAACAUGUUUCUCAGAAAUAAUCCUCGGAGAUUUGUCGGAAAUAAACUUCCUCGGAAAUUCACCGGAAAUAAACUUCCUCGGAAAUAAAGUUUCCUCAUAG